GCCAUUGAUUUGUUUUUAGCCAAUGACAACGCAUCAUUUUAUGAAUAUUCAGUCAACGUUGCAUCAAUAACCACGCCCCUUUUCAGCAGGAGAAAGGAAGCUGCUUUUUCGACCUGGCUGAAAAUCUUCCCCUAGAAAGCUCUCAGGGGCCCAGCCCACCAGGAAAGCUGUAUAAGCACAGGGUCGACGGGACGGACGGAAGCGGUGCGCCGUCGUACGGGGAGGUCCGUAGUGACAGCGCGAUGAGCUACAAACCCAUCGCCCCUGCUCCGUCCGGCUCCAACCACACCCCGCCAGGCUCCAGUGUUCCCUCCCCCUCACUCCCCUCCAACUUCAGACCAGCGUUCAGUGAUUUCGGCCCGCCAUCGAUGGGCUUCGUUCAGCCAGUGAAAGUGUCUCAGGGCUCAACCUACAGCGAGCUGCUGUCAGUUAUCGAGGAGAUGAGUCGCGAGAUCCGCCCCACCUACGCCGGGAGCAAGAGUGCCAUGGAGAGGCUAAAGAGAGGUAUCAUUCACGCGAGGGCGCUGGUCAGGGAGUGUCUGGCGGAGACAGAGAGGAGCGCUCGCACAUAACCCUUUGCAGAAUCCCUCCACCCCCCUCCCUUGUCUUUGUAUAGGCCUAUGUGUCCUGUCUUUGUUAUCCUGACUUUUUGUCUCUAUUGCUCCACUGAACCUGUAACCUUUUUCCCCAUAUAGUUUCUCACACCGCCUAUGGGGUGUGUUCAGAAUGUGUAACACAUUUUGCAGUUGUAGGACAGUUCGCUCUCAGAACAUUCUGUAGCUUAUUUCAGUUUCAUAGGCAUCACGAGGGGCUGGUAGAUAUUUUCUCAUUUUGGUUGUCCUGUUCAGUGGGGGUGAGGUGAUAGUGCUGUAAAAUAUUUGAUAGAUUUUUGAAAACUAUGCCACAAUGAAAUGAGGUUGAUACUCUGACUUUCUCUCUUAGCUGCUAUACUGACACCACUCUACAUCGAAAGGGUUAAUUCCACAUUGUUUUACAGUAAGCAACACUUAAGCCUUGUUCGCCCUGCAGGCCUUAAUGCUCAAAUCAGCUUUGUUUUUCCAAUCCGUUUUGGGUUAAUUCACUUUCCAAACGGCAAGUGACCAAAUUUGGAUUUGUGUGUGUUCAGACGGCAGUCAUUUGUUGACAUGGGUAUGCUACUUGUCAUAGUAAUGACGAAUGUGUGCGUUCCUUCUUCCUAUCACUCAGAAGUUAUGUAGCAAGCUAAGGUGACAAUUGCCUGCAAUGGAUGUUCCCCAGUUUGCUUUGAAUGUUUGAAAUCGGUGAAAAAAAAUCACACUUUUAAAGCCGCCAAAGGAUAAGGCAAUCCAAUUUUCAAAACAAGUGUUUGGCUACUAGCCACGGCAGUCAACUAACGAGGUAGCUGUUUAUCCUUCUAGCACAUUCACUCAUUUGUUUGUAAACAACAAGCUAGUUAGUUACCACAUAUUCUUGCCACACCACAGUGGUUUGAAGUCAUCCUAUUCCAUGUGUUUUUUUGGCUGUUCAGACUGCAGGAAAAAUAACAUUUGAAUCAGAUAUGCAAAAAAAAUGUAUUUGAUGUGAACAAGGCUUAACAGCAUCUUGAAAAUAUCCCAUUCUGUUCCACAUGCUUCCACCCUACACACAUUUUCUGCUGUCAUGGCACCCUCUAUCUGCCACAUACAGUCAAGCUUUCCUUGCCCUUCAUCCUCCACCCAAUUAACUAUUACCUCCUCCCUACACACCUGAAAUCAGUUUUGUUAGUAUGGCAAUUUUGUAAACCCAAUUUUUGCAGUUCUGUACUUGAAUUGAAUGAAAUUAAAAGUUAGAAAAGUUUUCCAAUUAAAAAAA